AUGUUCCCGUUCGACGCCAUCGUCGUUCUCAUAGCCAUCGCGCUAUCCAUCGGCAUUUCGGUGCUCAUCUCGCAACCGUUUAACGGCGCCAUUGUCCGCUUACGUGCCAACUACCUCCCCAAGGCAGUCAGUCUCGACAAUGUGCUCGAAGAUGGAGCCGGUUCCACUAGUGGGCCUCGUGCGCUGUCGUCAUUUUUGCUUUCGGAGCGCAGGUCUUCCGCCAAGAUCGGUCCCGUGGUCACAGGUGUCUUCGCGAUGAUGUUCCGAACCAAGCGGCUGGAAGGCUGGGCGGGUAUCUAUAAAGGUUCCAUCCCUGUCGCUAUCCAAAUCUUCACGCUGAGCACGCUCACCGUUAUUUUCUUUGCCGGCGCUUCAGCAAGCUCGCCAGGAAGCGCGUACAAGGCCGGCCCAGCGGGUCCGGGGCAGUUCAGCUUCUUUGCCAACUUGUUCUACAUGCUCUUUGUCUCGCUGGCUGCUUUGCCGCUCAACGUCAUUACCUACCGCACCAUCGUCCACCCUCGCAUCCUGUCGCUCAGGACCCCUCGCGAGAACCUGCGCGAGCUGCUCUCGUACACCGAGUUCAGCCAACCGUGGCGUCUGUACCUCCUCCCCGGUCUGCUGGCUGCCAACAUGCUGCACGUGCUCUGGAUCGGGCUUGCUACGCGCAUCGUUCGUCAGCUCACGGUCCCCUCGCUCGGCGGUCUUCCCGGAGCCAAUCCCGCCGCGCCCGGCGAUGAAACAUAUUCGGGGCCCAACUCGAACAUGCUGGAGAUCAGUCCCGUGGGGUUGCCCCUCUUUUUGCUGUGGAACAUGAUCAGCGUUGUGGUGCUCGCCCCGCUCGAGUGUGCGAUGGUCAGGCUGUCGACGCAACGCCCGGAGAGGCAGAACCCGCUGCACCGCGCGUAUGCACGGGUGCCAAAUGGCAACGGUGCGGCUGCUGCUGCGCCGUCGCCGUACUCGCACCAGGCCACUGCAGCUGCACAGGCUCAACCCGGGGGUGCGUACAGGGAUGCGGAUACGGGACGAAAGUCGACCGAUAGCGCUAUGGACAAGCCGUUGCCCUCGUCGCCCGGUGAACUGCCGGGUCGACCGUCAUUUGCGAUCGAGGAUGAUGAAGAGGACGAUGACGAGGGCGAUGUCGGCGCAUCGGCUAAGCUUACGGGUAACAACAAGGCAGCUCGCGUGCUUGGCCAGACGACCGCCGCCCCUCCUGCUGCACCCGCCCCGGCCGCUGCUGCGUCGACCGGAUUCGCCACCUCGCCACCCUCGUUCACGGGCGGCGAGCCCCCCGAGCCCGUUAUUGCACUGCGACCGAUCGAGGAGCAGACGGCUGCUGAGGCAGCGGCCGAAUUCGGCGCGCCUGUGGUGAAGAGGUACGAGGGCCUCAUCGAUUGUCUCAACAAGAUGGUCGAGGAGGAAGGGCUUGAGAGUCUGGGUAGGGGCGCGUGGGUGACGCUCGCUGCCAUGUUUGCCGGGUCGUUCAGUUGA